AUGAAGUUCUCAACAACGAUCACCUUCCUCACAACCCUAACCCUCCUCUCCUCCGCCCUGGCCGACGGUAUCUUCGCCAUCACCGGCUCCUCCAGUACCUCCUCUGACGCCGUAACCGUCACCCUGGAAGUCCAAAACGGCAACGUCGGCGACGCUCCAACCUGCCAGGGCUCGUACACCGGCUCUCUCCUCCCCACCUCGGGGACCAUCCCUUGCAAUGAUGGAUACGCGCUGAGUUAUACGUGGAAUUCGGUCGAUGAGGGCAUUGCGGCUACGUAUACGGAUCCGACGAAUGCGUUUACGUAUAACGUGCCGAAUAAUGGGUGUGAUGAUGCUGGGGACUGUCAGUUUGGGUUUACGGAUCUUUUUCCUAGUAAGAAGGGGAGGGCUUUUAGGGGGUAG